AUGUGUGACUGUGUGGGUGCUGGUUCUCGUGUUGCAGGUACAGGGGUGAGCGUGUUCUCUCUGCACCCGGGGGUGGUGCAGUCCGACCUGUGGAGGCACCAGCACCAGUGCAUCCAGGUGGCAGUGAAGAUCUUCAGGAUUUUCACAAAAACAACCCUGGAGGGGGCGCAGACCACCAUCUUCUGCGCUGUGGAGUCGGGCCUGGAGAGCCAGAGUGGAGGCUACUUCAGUGACUGCGCUCCGGCAAGGUGCUCUAGAGCGGCUUCUGAUGAUGAGACGGCCCAGAAACUGUGGGAGAUAAGCUGCAACCUGCUUGGCAUCACCUGGCAGUGAAUAGGAGCAUAUCAACUGUGCCAGUGUGUGCUAUAUCAUAUUUUAAAGAACACUUUUACACACUUUCAUAGAGAUAUUAAUCUUACUGUUGUGAGGGGGGUUUUAUUUUAUGACUCAAAGUACAGAACAGUCCAAAAGUCGUUUAGUCACUUCCAAGAGUUCCUUUAUUUGUAAAAUAUCUAAAAAUGAAAUGGACAUUUUAGUCAUUUUGUAAUUAUUCAACAUUCCUCAUAGGCAUUCUUUGCAAAGUCACUUUUGAGUGUAGAUGGCGUUUAUUUGCUGUACAGCUUCUUUAAAAGACGUCCAUGAUCUUUCUUUGGAUGGAAAUGUCUUUACAUUUGAAAGUGAGAAACAAAGUUCUGGUUGUUCUUAGGAUCAUUUUUGUGUGUUUGUUGUUGUUAUACUAAUUUCACCAAGAAGAGGUGUAGGUGGAAAACUACCCCAUGUUCUAAAUAUGAAUCAAAACACUCAUGUUGGCUUCCUUCUUUAAAAAAAAAUGUGUUUAUUGAAAAGAAAAAGUGCAUGGAGAAUUAAGGCUUACCCAUACACAUUUUAAAAAAAGGAUCCCGACAAAAAUAUGCAAAUGCAAAAGCUUUUUAGUUUCUUAGAAAAAAGAUUCUGGUAAAACCAUAGACUUACAGAAUCAAAAAACAUGUUUCUUUCUCACUUGUUUCUAUAGCGCACAUAUUGUGGUUAAUCUUUAAAGCAAUUUGUGACAUUUAAUAAUAACUGGGUUCUGUUGUUUGUGAAGUAUUAUAAUGUAUAUUUAGUAAAAUACAAUCCAUUGAUCUAAAAUUGUUCAUUUAACUGUUUCAUUAAACAGCUGUGUAUCACAUUAUCUGCUGUUUCAGAUGCCUUCCUUUUAGCUGAGCGUGUGAAAAUAUGUUCAAUUUAGAAAAAAUAUAAACAAUUGACACUUAACUGGAUUCAAA